AUGCCCAAAGUCACUUCCAGCUGCGAGCUGAUGGACAAUGCGUUCCCCGCAGGUGAAGUCCAGCUCAAAGGCGACUUUUUCGUCGCCCAGGAUGAAGUAGGCGAGAACAUGAUAUUCUCAGUUGACGAUGACGGUGCGCUUCAGUUGAUUCUGAGGAACGAAUUGGGAGAUAACGUAAUUAUUCAUCUAAGCUCCAAAUUUGGAGUGGCUGCCGCUGAAAUUGUCACUGCCUUGGCCGUGAAUCAAGACAUGGACGGUACUAUCCAUCUUGUCUUCGCCGCCCGACAGACCGACGGCUCUAGCAAGCUAUAUGUUGUUGAACCCAUGGCACCGAAAAGGCAGGACUGGAACACGACAGAGAGUUUGACCGGUCGAUUGUACUCGGGCGAACAGUGGCCUAUAAACAUUCGAGAGUUCCUCAUUGGAUCUAGCAAUGACAAGACGAAUACAUACCCAUGCUUUUACAUGACGUUUAAUCACAUCGGCAAGACAACUGAAGACGUCUGGGCCGUUUGCGUAGACCCCGUAAGUCGUCAGUGGUCUCGACAAAAGACAUUCGAGCUACCAACCAACGCGAUUAAAGUCCUUGACAAAUGCCCCGCCAAUAUACCACUUCAUCGCGGCCUCUUCGUUCUAUACGAGGAAAGCGACUCACUGCAGCUCAAGUUCGUUGGGUUCAACCCAACCAAGGAGAAUCCUACAUUGCGAAGCUUUCCCCAGCCAGUGCCCAAGGGCGCUACGACGCUGGCUUCUUUUGAGAGUCAAUUCGGGUUCACGGAUCUUCUUGUCUCUGGUGCGGAUGGUCUCAGCUACAGAACUGCCCACCAAGUAUUCCAAGUUGACAAGACUCCCUUCGCGAUUCUCAGCUCUGACCCCGCCUUUGGUAAUGCUACACAAAUGCAGGUUGCUCAGACAAAGGAUAAUUUGUCAAUCUGGAGUCUGAGCCCCGAGAAAGCUUUAUCGUAUCAAGAGUUCUCCGUACCGGGAAAAGGACAGUUAACCGCUGAGCUUUCGCCUCUCAUACCACUCUUAGAUCAGGUUGGCAAAGAUGGUAGAUUUGCUUGUUUACGGAACCCGAAGCUGGGACAAAGACUGUUCUUUGUUGAUGACACUGGUACCAUCAGGAUGUUUGAGCAGAGUGUUGAGAGUGGAAUUUGGCAACAACCCGCCGAGAUUUCGAUUCCUCAUUCUGACAAGAUGAUUGAAUUCUCGUCGCAUACUAUCCUUGUGACUGUCGAAGAGAAUGAUGGCACGCCAAUGGCUCUUGAGCCUUUACUUCUGUCCAGCUCAAUUUCGGUGGAAUGUCUGGUCAAUGGCGUCUGGACUCGUACUUCGCCCACUGACCAAAAAGAAGUAUCUACCGAUGCGUCAGGUCAACUGACCAUCAUCAUCCGAAGCGAAGGUCUUAGUACACCUGUUAUAGCCCUCACUAGUGGAACACCAGGCAAGAAAAUCUUCUCAGGUGGUAGACUGGAGAUAGAUCCCAUGCAGAAGCUUUGGUCUACCAUUGGCAAGGUCUCAUCGGCUCAGGAUCUCAAGAACAUGAAGCUCCCUGAUGGAUCGAGCUUUGUGAGAGAAGGUCUUUCUGAAAAAGAGCUUGAAGAAGCUGCUAAGACGCUCUCACAUUUGCACAAGGUGAAAAUCGAGAUGGCUGAUGAUGAGGCGAAUGGCAUCUUUACUUUGAUGAAGCAAGGUUUCCAGACAAUUGCCCAUCGUGCUUGGGGCGCUAUCAAGAGCAUUAGUGACAAGAUCAAAGAAGUCGUUGAAAGCGGUGUCAACAAGGUGAUGGAGGUUGUCGACAUCGCUGUCAAGAAAGUCAAAGAAGCUUGGAACUUUGUUGUCGAAGUCAAGGAUAAAGUGUGGAACUUUGUCCUCGAGACCGCAUCUCAAGUCGCAGCUGCUAUGCAAACGGUCUUGGACACCGUCGUCAAAGGCUGGGAGUACAUUAAAGAGAAGAUUGGAUUCAUCUUUAACUGGGGUGAUAUCGUCAAGACCAAGAACAUGAUCGCCAACAUGACGACCCAGGGUAUACUGCUUCUCACAGAUGGUACACCCUACAUUGAGAUUAAGACUCACGCGUUCUUCGACAAGGUGCGGGGCAAGAUCAAAGAGCUCAAGGAGAGCAAGUUACCGCCAGGCCUGAACGAUCUUAAAACUGGCAAGAAUGAGGAGAUGCGGAGGAAAGCUAGGGAAAAGACUGGUGCGAAGGAUGAGAUCAACAAGACGGACGAGGACACCAGAACACCGCAGGCGCAGUACGGAUCUUAUCAUUUAAAACACAGCAGAGGUGGAGAAAGUAAACAAAGCACGCCAUUCGAUCGUAUCCUUGAUAGGCUCAGCGAUGUCAUAGAAGAAGCAGGACAGCUCGCUUCUCGCCUAUGGGACAACAUCAAGGAUCUCAUCGACCUCCAGGGCGAAGUAUCCAUUGGCACUCUUUUGACGAAGCUGGGAUUUGAGCUUCUUGAGUAUAUCCUUGAUGUGGUGGAGAGCAUGCUGAUUGCAUUUCUCGCCAACAUCAACGAUUUGCUCGUGUUGAUUGCCGACAAGAUUAACGAGACCAUCAAGAUCCCUGUUCUGAGCGCUUUGUACAGGAAAGUCAGUGGAGGAGCUGAUCUUACGCUCCUCGAUGCGAUUAGUCUGGUCAUCGCGAUUCCAGCGACGAUCGUGUUUAAGCUUGUAAAGGGAGAGAGUACCUCCAAGAUGGAAGGUGCAGAGUGGCUCACCAAGCCUAAUACUCUUCGUGGAAAGCUUGCUGCACGGAUGGCUGGUCUCAGGAGUGAUUCUAUGACGACUUCAUAUGCCCCUAGCAUCAAAAAGAGGACUGUGGCCAUUCCCAUCAACCAAGAUGAUGAGACAAGCCCCGCUGAGAGGCUCGUAGAUAGCAGCUCCGAUAUGGGCCCGGUUGUCGGACAACUUCAAGCCCAGACUUUUUCGUCGGAAUCAUCUAGCAACAAAAGCCCGGAAGACGAGCCUCUACUGAAGAGGCUGGAGAAGGCAUGGACGGAAUAUCGUGAGACCGGACACCCGGUCGAACAGCUGCUGCUCUUUGGAUCGCCUGCCACUUCGAUUCUUGAGUAUACGUUCAUCAUAUGGCCCACCAUUUAUAGCCCAGAUUCACUGCCUAACUACAAGGCGCCAACGGCAUCACUAAUCACCUGGAUCUUUUCUAUACACCGCUUCCUGAAAUUCCAAACUAUAAACCCCCUAUCAGCUGAUACGGAUAUACCAGGCUUCAUUCCCAAGUUCGCUCUUUGGAUAGCUAGUGGCAUUCCUAUCCUCGGUUCAUUCAUCGCAAGGAAGAUCGGCUAUAUUCUUGGUGUCAUUUCAGGGGCAUUCCAAGUAUUCCUACUUGCGUGGGAGCAGAUCGAAGUACACGCACACUACAACGAGUACUCGGUUUAUCUGGCUCUGGAGGAGUGGCUCAUCACUGUGGCAAAGCUGGUUCAUUAUAGUGCUGGGUUGAGCAGGAACCCACCUACUGCCAAAGUGGCAUUGGUGCUGUGCAAUGCGGGGAUGGCAAUGGCUACGGCGAGAUCAAUCGCGGAGGGAAUGGGUAAGAUCAAGCGUCUGGAUACUGGUGUUAGCCCUUGCCCUUGA